AAGCAGAAAAUCCCCUCGUCCAUCCCAAGGCCGUUCGAUCUAGUUCGCCUUCACCAUUCACAUCACAUCGCUGCAAGGUACAAAGGACCUAUUCAGCUUCACGACACUUCCUCCUAAUUAUCUCCUCAAAAAAACACCUAGCUUUCCUCUACGAACCUGCCCGUUCCUUUGAUAAAAGCAGAAAAAAUGUCGGCCGCCACCGCCACUUCGCCCGUUGCCAAGCCCGCCGAGGCGACGCAGGAGAACAAUGGAGCGCCCGCCGAGCAGCAGGCUGCCGGUGAGGCCCCCAGCACGACCACCAAUGGUGCUGCUGCCACCGCCGCCACCCCGGCGUCGACCGAGUCCGCUCGGCCUGCGCCUGCCCAGUCGCAGUCGACGAGCAAUGACAGCCAGCCCAACACGUCGCUCUACGUCGGCGAGCUGGACCCCAGCGUGACCGAGGCCAUGCUCUUCGAGAUCUUCAACAUGAUUGGCCCCGUCGCCAGCAUCCGUGUGUGCCGUGACGCCGUGACGCGUCGCUCGCUCGGCUACGCCUACGUCAACUUCCUCAACGCCGCCGAUGGCGAGCGUGCCCUCGAGCAGCUCAACUACUCGCUCAUCCGCAACCGCCCCUGCCGCAUCAUGUGGUCGCAGCGUGACCCUGCUCUGCGCCGCACCGGCCAGGGCAACAUCUUCAUCAAGAACCUCGACGAGGCCAUCGACAACAAGGCCCUGCACGACACCUUUGCCGCCUUUGGCAACAUUCUGUCCUGCAAGGUCGCCAUUGGCGAGAAUGGCUCCCUGGGUUACGGUUUCGUCCACUACGAGACCGCUGAGGCCGCCGAUGCAGCCAUCAGGGCCGUCAACGGCAUGCUGAUGAACGACAAGAAGGUCUUUGUCGGCCACCACGUGCCCAAGAAGGAGCGUGUGCAGAAGAUCGAGGAGGCCCGCUCCCACUUCACCAACGUCUACGCCAAGAACAUCAACCCCGAGGUGACGCAGGAGGAGUUUGACGAGCUCUUUGGCAAGUACGGCCCCGUCACGUCGUGCGCCCUGGCCUUUGACGACGAGGGCAAGAGCCGCGGCUUUGGCUUUGUCAACUACGAGACCCACGACGACGCCCAGCGUGCCGUCAACGAGCUGCACGACAGCGACUACCACGGCCAGAAGCUCUUUGUCGCCCGUGCCCAGAAGAAGGGCGAGCGCGAGGAGGAGCUGCGCCGCGCCUACGAGACGGCCAAGAACGAGAAGCUGUCCAAGUUCCAGGGCGUCAACCUGUACCUCAAGAACAUCCCUGAGGAGUUCGACGACGAGCGCCUCCGCGAGGAGUUUGCGCCGUUUGGCACCAUCACGUCGUGCAAGAUCAUGCGUGCCCAGUCGGGCGUCUCGCGCGGCUUCGGCUUCGUGUGCUACUCUGCUCCCGACGAGGCCAACAAGGCCGUGACGGAGAUGAACGGCAAGAUGAUGGACAACAAGCCCCUCUACGUCGCCCUCGCCCAGCGCAAGGACGUCCGUCGCCAGCAGCUCGAGGCCCAGAUCAUGCAGCGCAACCAGCUCCGUCUCCAGCAGCAGGCUGCCGCUGCCGGUGGCCUCGCCGGUUACCCUGGCCAGCCCAUGUACUACCCUCAGCCUGGUUUCCCCGGCCAGCCUGGUGUCAGCGGCAUGCAGCGUCCCCGCUACGCUCCUGCCGGCAUGAUGCCCCAGGGUAUGCCCAUGGCCGGUCCCUACGGCCAGCCCCCGAGCCAGUUCCCCGGCGGCAUGAUGCCCCAGGGCUACCGUCCUGCUCGCCCUCGUGCCGGCCCCGGCGGUGUGGCACCCCCCGCUGGUGCUCGUCCCCCCAUGAUGAACGGCGUCGGCCGCCCUGGCCAGCCCGCUACGGGUCCCAUGGCUGGACGGCCUGGCCCCGGCGGUCGUCCCGCCAGGCCCCAGGCUUCUCCCGUGGCCCAGCCCGCCCUGACGGCGGCUGCACUGGCCAACGCUGGGCCCGAGGAGCAGAAGCAGAUGCUGGGAGAGGCCAUCUACCCCAAGAUUGCCGCCACUCACGCCGAGCUGGCUGGCAAGCUGACGGGCAUGAUUCUCGAGCUGCCUGUGAGCGAGCUCCUCCACCUCCUCGAGGAUUCCGAGGCCCUGGAUGCCAAGGUCACCGAGGCUCUCGACGUCCUGCGCGAGUUUGAGCAGCAGGAGCAGGAGCCCGAGGCUUGAUUUGUCCUUUCUCCUCCCAAAAUCAAGGAAGAGAAUUUCCUCUCUUCUUUGUCGUGAUUUCGAAUAAUGACCUUAUACUCUCUCUCUCUCUUUCUUUUCGUCGCGGCUCCGGUCGCGUCGAACGGAGAGCGCUCUGAUCUGUACUCUUGUGUAAGCUCGAAUGUGAUUGGACCUGAUUUCAUGAGCCCACC